AUGAAAGCUUAGGGCAUGGCGAUGAGCUUGUGUAGCGAUGGCGGAGGCGGCGCUUGGCUCGGGAUUUCUUCCUCGUUUUACUGCGCGCGCUCGUCUGCAAGAUUUCGAUUCGUCGGCAUUCGUAGGAGGAAAAUGCGAGGGCUUUGCGUGAAGAGUGAAAUUGAUUCCAGCGUCGCGCGGCCGAGCCGGAUCUAUGUGGGAAAUCUCUCGUGGAACUGCGAUAGCGAGGAGCUUGCCAAGGUGCUGCAACAAGCUGGGAUUCUAGCACACGUCGAGGAAGUGGAGGUAGUGUGCGAUCGGGAAACUGGAAGAAGUCGUGGAUUUGGAUACGUGACAUUGACGUCCAUCGAUUUUGCUCAAGUUGCGGUCCAAAAGCUCGAUGGUCACAUUGUUCAAGGUAGAGCACUUAAAGCUAGUUAUUCUCAGCCUUACAAAAAGGCUGGAAAAGAGGGACCCGUGGAGGUAGCAGCAAGCCACACGAAAGUUUUCAUUGGGAAUUUGCCUUGGGGAGUCGACGAUGGAAGCCUUGAAGAGUUUUUUCGAGCUCACGGGAAAGUGGUGGAGGUGAAGAUAGUGUAUGACCGAGACACUGGCAGAUCUCGCGGCUUUGGGUUUGUAACCUUGUCCUCGCCAAAGGAAGCCGACGAAGCUGUUAAAUCUUUGGACGGAGCGGACUGCGAUGGAAGGCGCUUGCGUGUUAAGCUAGCAGACACUUCACCAGUGCCGCCACAGUGAUGUCGCGGAGGCAGCAAAGCGAACAAUCUACGACUUUAAAAUCUAGAGCUCUAGCAGAUUGCUCCGGAAUGUUUGGAAGCUUUCACGAAGUGAAAGAAAUUUAUGAGACCCUGCAAGGAAUUCCAGG